CGCCCUGUGAGCGGAGCUGCUGCGGCCGCUGCUGGGAUGAGCGCCUCGGCUGCCACCGGGGUCUUCGUCCUGUCCCUCACCGCCAUCCCCGUCACUUACUUCUUCAACUUCUUAGCCGCCAGCAGCAGUUCCUGGGCAAUUGUAGCUGUUGGAUUCCUGAUUCUGAUUUUCGUUGCUCUAGUAGCCCGUACUCUGGUCAAAAGAAAACCUCCAAAAGACCCACUUUUUUAUGUUUAUGCCGUAUUCGCUUUUACCAGUGUAGUGAACCUUAUAAUAGGACUUGAACAGGAUGGAAUUAUUGAUGGAUUCAUGACCUACUACUUGAAAGAGGGCGAGCCUCAUCUGAACACUGCUUAUGGCCAUGUGAUCUGCUAUUGGGAUGGCUCUGUGCAUUAUCUGAUGUAUCUCUUAAUGGUGGCAGCUAUUUCGUGGGAAGAAAGUUACAGAACCAUUGGCCUAUACUGGUUAGGAUCCAUUGUCAUGAGCAUUAUUGUCUUUAUGCCUGGAACUAUUGUGGGUAAAUAUGGAGCAAGAAUGUGUCCUGCUUCUUUCUUAAAUGUACCAUAUAUUUGUCUUCCUAUAUGGGCUGGGUUCAGAAUCUAUAAUCAUCCUUCAGUGACUUACAAUACUCCCGUCAAGGUGGUUCAGAAAGUCCAGAAGAAAGGACUCCUGAGAAGACCACUAGAUCUAAUGCUGGCUAUAUAUCUCAUCCUUGCAACUGGGUUUUGCAUAUUUAGGGGCAUGAUUGCUUUGGAUUGCCCUGCUGAACUCUGCCGGUUAUAUAUUCAACUUCACGAGCCCUAUAUCAAGGAUCCUGCUGCUUAUCCUAAACUUCAGAUGCUGACAUACAUGUUCUACUCUGUGCCUUAUUAUACGAUCGCACUGUAUGGCCUAUUGGUGCCUGGUUGUUCUUGGAUGCCUGACUUAACCCUUAUACAUGCUGGAGGACUAGCCCAGGCUCAGUUUUCCCAUAUUGGUGCUUCUCUUCAUGCUCGAACGCCUUACAUCUACAGAGUCCCCGAAGAGGCAAAAUUCUAUUUUCUAGUACUGAACAUAGUGUAUGGAAUCCUUCCCCAACUGCUGGCUUAUAGGUGUGUCAACAAACCAGAGUUUUUUAUGAGAGCAAAAGAAGAAGAAAAAGCUCAAUAGAAAGAUUGCUUCCACCUCUUCUUUUUUGCUAUGUAUAUAAUUGGUUUUUGAGGUAACUGGACUCUCUUAUAGACUCCAAAUGACAUGUGGUUUAUCAAAAAUGUGUAAGAUUGCCCAGUCCGCUUUGUGUAUCAUUACUGUAAAGAGAGAAAAUAAAGGCAACUUCAGUUAACACU